AACCCCUACUGUAACGGACAUCUUGAGAACAUGUCACAAAUAUCUGGAGUUCUCAAAGGAGGCAUUCGUUGAUCUUUGGGAUUGGAGUCCGAUCCUGAAACUUUCUGAAGAAGGUGACGUUACAACAAGAUGGUAUGCCCUACGCAUUGAUGCAAUAUUGACCAACAUGGGUGAUCAGCAGACCCAGCAUCUACUGAGACGUCAUUUCACCAACGACGACUUGAGACAGUUCACCAUCCAACAUGAGCAGUCCAAACGGAACGAAGCGUCCAGCCACGAGAAGCAGCUCCUUUUGAAUCCACACAUGACCAUUGACCCUGACAAAUCAGGGAGCGGUACCCACACAAUGCAUCAGUUGAUUGACACUGACAUGAGUUCAGCUACUGUCGCAGUGUGUGGAGUUUUGCUGCCAGUAAAAACAGCAGUUGAGAAACAGGAUAAUUCUAAGACUCUAGUAAGGGUUCCAUCGACCGCUCGCAAUCUUCACAGCCUGGCGUUAGCUGUGUCAUCCGGCACAGCUGUGCUGCUUGAGGGCACUGUUGGUUGUGGCAAGAGCGCUCUUGUGGAUCACUUGGCACAAGUCACAGGUCGGAGGAAGACACCAAAUUUACUGAAAAUACAACUUGGCGAUCAGACAGACAGUAAAGCUCUUAUUGGCACGUACCGCUGUACUGACAUUCCAGGGGAGUUUGUGUGGCAACCAGGAACACUGACCCAGGCUGUUACUGGUGGGCAUUGGAUCAUUCUAGAAGACAUUGACUACGCUCCGAUGGAUGUUGUCUCCGUACUGGUACCCUUGUUAGAGACUGGUUCCCUGUCUAUGCCAGGGCAUGGUGAUGUCGUCAGGGCGGCGCCUGGUUUCCAGCUCUUCGCUACGCAAAGGUUAACAGCUGGGCAUGGGGGUUUCUUUAGACAGCAUGUUUCCCAUGCUGCUUUGCUGGAUCAGUUGUGGUCCAAGGUCCACGUUGAGCCACUCUCGAGGGAAGAACUGCAACAGGUUGUGGUGACCCUUUACCCCAAGUUGACCUCCAUUGCUGAUAAGCUUCUUGAUAUAUUCUGCAUGUUGUCAUCGGGUAGCCAUGAGACGCAGGACACAACGGAGGAAAACACCAUGGAACAGCAUGGGCGUGUAGUGACACCAGCCGAGUUCAUUGGGCACCAGGGACGAUUAAUAUCAACCAGGGAUUUGUUGAAGUGGUGUGGUCGGAUUGCAGCAAGCUUUGAUGCUUCGCAGAUGCACCAAAGCGCUAACCAAGUCUUCAUGGAGGCCAUGGACUGUUUCUGUGCAGUCCUCCCAAAGCCUAGGACCAGAUUAGCCGUUGCUGAAGCCAUUGGGGUGAGGCUCAACAUUAGCCUGGAGAAAUGUGGCUUCUUCAUCAAGAGCUACAAACCCAAUAUAGACAUCCAACAAAAGUCUGUGACUGUGGGAAGAGCCAGGCUAUCGAGGAAGGAGGACGAUGUGCCGAAGAUUAUCAGACAAAAGCAGUCUCGCUUUGCCUUCACCAGGCAGGCAAGCAUCCUCCUUGAACGCGUUACCGUCUGUAUCAACAACAACGAACCUGUCCUACUGGUUGGUGAGACAGGAACAGGCAAAACAUCGGCCGUACAGUACCUUGCUGAUCUUACAGGUCAAAGGUUAAAGGUCAUCAAUAUGAACCAGCAGAGCGACAGCACUGACCUGUUGGGAGGAUUCAAGCCAGUGGACUUCAGGCAGCUCAUCUCUCCGCUGCGCGAGGAAUUUGAGACGCUGUUUCUGCAGACGUUCUCUCGUAAGCAGAACUUGAAGUUCCUGAUCCAUCUGCAAGAAUGUUUCUCAUCACGACGAUGGCAGGACCUGCUGAAGUUAAUCAGUCACUGCCAACAAGCUGCAAUGAAGAGAUUUGAAAAAAGCAGCCAUGAUGAAGAGGCAGGUAGUAGCUCGGGGAAAGAGAGUCCAGCUCAGAGACUGCAAUGGCGAUCCAUCGGAGAACGAGUCCUUAAACUGAAGACUCAACUGCAGCAUUCUGAAAAAGCUCUGGCCUUCUCGUUUGUUGAGGGUACCUUGGUGCAAGCUGUGCGUAACGGGGACUGGGUGCUUCUUGAUGAGAUCAACCUGGCUACUGCAGAGACGCUGGAAUGCCUGAGUGGUUUGCUAGAAAGCACCCGAGGGACAGUCACACUCCUAGAACGAGGUGAUUUGGAUCCUAUUGUUCGACACAAGAAGUUCCGACUGUUUGCUUGUAUGAAUCCAGCUACCGAUAUCGGCAAGAAAGAAUUACCCCCAGGCAUCAGGAAUAGAUUUACUGAGGUGUACGUAGAUGAGCUGGAAGAGACACAGGAUCUGAAGAUACUUGUUAGUAGCUACCUACAAGGGCUGUCCCUCUCUGCCGAUAAACUGGACGGAAUCGUGCAGUUCUACUUGGCCGUGCGUAAAGAAGCUCAUGUGAAACUAGCUGAUGGAACUGGGCACAGACCACACUACAGUUUACGUACCCUGUGUCGUGCCCUACGCUACGGAGCCACUAACCCAUGUGGAGGCGUCAUGAGGUCACUCUAUGAGAGCUUCUGCCUAAGCUUCCUAACGCAGCUCGACCGCACCUCUCACCCAUUGGUCGAACAACUCAUCUGUAAGAAGCUGAUUGGCCGAGCCAAUGUCAAGAGCAUCCUGGGUCAUCCAAUCCCACCUCCGACAGCAGGGAUGUUUGUUAAGGUGGAGGGUUACUGGAUUGGGACCGGUGACGGGGAACCGUUGAAACAAAAGGGUUAUGUGAUGACAGCGUCUGUCAGGGCCAAUCUGAGGGAUCUAGCUCGGAUUGUUUCAGCAGGAUCUUUCCCAGUUCUCCUCCAGGGUGAAACUUCCGUCGGUAAGACCAGCCUGAUCCAGUACCUGGCCCAGGCUACUGGCAACCACUGUGUGAGGGUUAACAACCAUGAGCACACAGACCUCCAAGAAUACGUCGGUUUCUACGCCGCUGAUGAAACGGGCAAGCUUGUUUUCAAGGAAGGUGUACUGGUUGAUGCUAUGAGGAAAGGCCAUUGGAUAAUCUUAGACGAGCUCAACCUUGCUCCCAGUGAUGUCCUGGAGGCUCUAAACAGAUUAUUAGAUGAUAAUCGAGAGUUAUUCAUUGCCGAGACCCAGGAGAUGGUAUCGGCUCAUCCUAGAUUCAUGCUCUUUGCUACACAGAACCCACCUGGCCAGUAUGGUGGACGAAAGGUCUUAUCUCGGGCUUUCAGGAAUCGCUUUGUGGAGCUCCACUUUGAUGAGAUCCCAAGCAAGGAGUUGGAGACCAUCCUUCAUGAGCGUUGUGCCAUCCCCCUCUCCUAUUGCAAGAAGAUGGUAGCAGUCAUGCUGGACCUACAGACUCGUCGUAAAGGCUCGGGGGUGUUUUCAGGCAAGCAGGGUUUCAUCACUCUGCGUGAUCUGUUCCGUUGGGCAGAGCGCUACAGGCGGGCGAGCCAAGGGCAGGGAACUCUGUAUGACUGGGAUCAACAUAUCGCUGAUGAUGGUUAUUUGUUGCUAGCUGGCCGAGUCCGUCGCUCAGAAGAACAAUCACUCAUUAAGGAGGUGCUGGAAAAGCACAUCAGAUGUAAAGUGGAUCCCUCACGCCUCUUCAGCCUGAGUGCGGACACCUCACCCAUCACAAGGGACAUCCUGGAGAGGGUCCUAGGAAGGGGGAGUGAUGCCUCCACUCAAGACGGCUUCAGCCACAUUGUCUGGACACUUGGAAUGAGACGCUUGGCUGUUCUGGUCGGACGAGCGCUGAUGUUUCAGGAGCCGGUACUGCUGGUCGGGGAAACUGGAUGUGGUAAGACCACCAUUUGUCAGCUUCACGCCGCCCUCUCAAAUCAAAAGCUGUACUCAGUCAACUGUCAUCUGCAUACAGAGACGUCCGACUUCCUUGGAGGAUUACGACCCGUCAGGCAACACAGUGAUAAGAAUGAAGAUAAGCAGAAGCUUUUUGAGUGGUGUGACGGCCCCCUGGUCCUCGCUAUGCGCGAAGAUGCCGCCUUCCUCAUCGAUGAAAUCUCCCUCGCUGAUGACUCAGUCUUGGAGCGGCUGAAUAGCGUCUUAGAACCGGAGAGAACCUUGCUUCUUGCGGAGCGAGGAAGCGGGGAAAGCCAAGGGGAUGAUAUCGACAUGAUUGUGGCUGCUGAGGAAUUCUUUGUGGUGGCCACCAUGAAUCCGGGUGGAGACUUUGGGAAGAAAGAGCUGUCCCCAGCACUGCGUAAUCGCUUCACAGAAAUUUGGUGUCCUCAGUCCAACGACCGCCAAGAUCUGGUUAACAUCAUCGAACACAACUUGGCGGAAGGUGUGUGGCUGUGCAACCAGGAGGAUGGGUCAAGCGGGGUCGGCAAUGCCAUCAUGGAGUUUGUUGGGUGGUUCCAGAGCACUGAAGCGGGCAAAAGGUGUACAAUCAGCAUACGAGACAUCCUCUCCUGGGUGAACUUCAUCAAUACAUGCUGCAAUGCAUCACAUCUUCCAGAUGACAGAGAUAGUCUAGACUCGGCAUUGUCAUACGUCCAUGGAGCUUGCAUGGUGUUCCUGGACGGACUUGGCUCAGGAAGUACAAGUAAUAGCUCGGUAGCUCCUGCACAAGCCAGACUAGACAGCCUCAACUUUCUCCGGGACCAAAUAUUGCGGUUAGUGGGUCAGGAGAUUGACCUGACCUCUCUGAUGGUGACCUCUGACAUGAGGUCAGAGGCUGUCAACAAAGUAUUCUCCAAUGAUGUCUAUUUUGGGAUGGAACCAUUUUUCAUUUUAAGAGGUCCCUUGUCCAGCCAGCAUGCUCAAGACCACUAUGCCUUGAAUGCCCCAACCACUGCACUCAAUGCCCAGAGGGUCUUAAGAGCUCUGCAGCUCCCACGAGCCAUCCUGCUGGAAGGGUCUCCAGGAGUUGGCAAAACAAGCUUGGUGUCUGCCAUCGCUAAGGCCUCUGGACACGAGCUGGUUCGGAUCAACUUAUCCGAACAGACUGAUGUAACUGAUUUAUUUGGUGCUGACUUACCUGUAGAGGGCGGUGAAGGGGGUCAGUUUGCUUGGAGGGAUGGUCCCUUGCUGACAGCCUUGAAAGGUGGACAUUGGGUGGUUUUAGAUGAGUUGAACCUUGCAUCUCAGUCGGUCCUUGAGGGCUUGAAUGCUUGUCUGGACCACAGAGCGGAGGUGUAUGUCCCUGAGCUUGGUAAGACCUUCCACAUCCAGCAUGACAAGACACGGCUCUUUGCCUGUCAGAAUCCCCUCAAACAAGGCGGGGGACGUAAAGGCCUACCGAGGUCCUUCCUCAACCGCUUCACUCAGGUUUACGUUGAGCCGUUGACUCCUGGAGAUCUACUGUUCAUUGCACAUUCAAUGUACCCCAUGCUUACAUCGGAACUCCUGGAGAAAAUGGUGGCCUUUAACAACCAGUUGUAUCACCUGACCAUGGUGGAGUUCCAGUGGGGUCAAAGGGGUGGACCCUGGGAGUUUAACCUUCGCGACCUCUUCAGAUGGUGUGACCUCAUGGUGCGUGACCAACAUGGCCGCUGGCAACCAGGGCAACAUGUCGGCCUCAUUUACAGAGAGAGAAUGCGGACGCAAAGGGAUAAAGAGAAGGUACAAGAGCUUUUCCAGUCUGUAUUUGGAGAUGACUACACAGAGAUGUAUGAGGGCAGCAGACAGGUCCAUAUCACACCUGUUUCCGUCCAGGUCGGGCACUCAUUCCUCAGGAGAGUUGAGCACAUUCCAAGUGCACCUCAUCGUCAUAAAAUCCCUCUGCAACUUUUACACCAUAGCCUGGAUCCCAUAGAAUCACUCAUGAAAUGUAUUCAGAUGAACUGGAUGUCCAUAAUGGUUGGUCCAAGCGCUAGUGGGAAGACGUCCCUGGUUCACCUCGUAGGUCACCUGACUGGUCACAAGGUUCGGGUCCUGGCUAUGAACAGCUCAAUGGAUACAACGGAACUCCUAGGAGGUUUUGAACAGGCUGAUUUGAACCGACACUGGGAAAAAGCGCUACAAUCCCUGAAAUCUGUUGUCAUGACAACUGCAAGGCUUCUCCUAUUGGCUGCUGAGAAGGAUGUAUCCCAGCAUGCAACAAAGCUUUUAGCCAAUUGGUCUGCUCUCGGCAAUAUGUGCUCACAAGGAAUUGCAGGUGGAAGCGGCUCCUCAUCCACAGAGGGUCUCUCUAUGAGGAAACUUGACAUGUCCAGCCAAGUACUUGACCUUACCUCCAGCCUCGCACAGAACCACACCUCGGAUCCUGAACUCAGUAAAGACAUCAUUCUUGUGACCAACACACUAGCCCAACUGAGAGUGAGGUUGGAGAAAGAGGGUCAAACCAUUCAGCAAGGCGGGGGUGGUAAAUUUGAGUGGGUGGAUGGACUUCUUGUGCAGGCGCUGAAAGAAGGUGAUUGGCUACUCAUCGAUAACGUCAACUUCUGCAGCCCAUCUGUAUUAGAUCGGCUCAAUGCUCUGCUGGAACCCAAUGGUGUCUUGAGUAUCAACGAGCGCGGAGUUAUAGACGGUCUUAUACCAACGAUCAAGCCACACCCUGACUUCCGUCUCAUCCUAGCCAUGGACCCAAGACAUGGGGAGAUCUCAAGAGCGAUGCGCAACAGAGGAGUAGAAAUCUACAUCCUCGGGGAGACCGAGGGAGGAAGGUACAAGAACCUUGAUCUCUUAUCGCUACUGAACGGCGUUGGAUUAGCGGGGAACCAGUUGACUGGUACCUUAUUGAAGCUCCAUGAGGAUAUGAAGUGCAACAUGCCAGGAUGCGAUGUUUCUAGUCUACCAAGCCUCCUCUUGGCCGCCUCUGUCACCAUGCAGCUAUUGGAGUGUGGCAGGGACACGAAGAGCGCCCUCAACCAGGCCUGCAUGGAUGUGUAUGUCAGGGGUCAGCUGUCAAAGGUCAACAAGCAGAAAUCUCAAGAGAUCGUCACGAGACAUCUUGCCGCCCUAGAAGUCGAUGGUGGCCUGUUACCUGCCGAUCCUUCAUCAUUAGCCUUGACGGAUGAAGAGGAUGGUCCGUCAUUAGAGGGCGCCCUUCACCCUCGUCAUGUCCCGUCGAUUGUUGAGCUUAGCUGUAACGCACCCGUGGCCAUGUUGAGACGAGAAGGGGCAGUGUUUAUAUACUUACUCAGUCGGGCCGAGAGUCUAAGUGACAAAAGUGGGGCGGUAUCACAAGCUGUCAUUCCACUCAUCAAGCCAGCGACACUCCUACUUAUGGAGCAGGCCACACCCACAGACUGGGAGCUGCGGCGUGAUUGGCUGUUGACAGCCUGGAAUGAAUGGCUGCCUAGCAACAAGGAACUGAUUGACAGGGAGGGAAAGGAGUUUGCCAAGUAUAUGCCGGAGAUUAUCAGAGUAGCUCUGGGUGAGGUGUGUAGGCAUCCCCUCUGCAAGCAGUUACUUGAGACGGCAGACAACUUUGGAAUGUCUGAAGCCUUCAAGAUGUUAAAGUACUACCCACUGGAUCUCAAUUUGGCUCCUCACCUUACUGCAUACCUGGACACUUGUAGACAACAGAGGGCACCAGACAGAAUGAGUACUGAUGAAGAGUGUGACAAUGUGGAGAGUGCUCACAGUCAGCUUGAUGAAGCUCUAGCCAUUGCCAGAAGACUCUAUCUGGUUCUUCAGACCACAGUCAAUCGCUUCAUCGAGGAGUCCAAGUUAAAACAUGCAGUUGACGUUAGACACAAGCCAACCACAGCCAUUCAGCUCUCGUAUGCUCUACAUCAAGGUUUAGUUGCUUUUGAUGAUUUGCCGCACCCCUUGAUGGCCCACCUGUACCCCUUCUUCAAAACACUGGAUAGCUUUCUAUCUGAGGCUAUAUCUACUGCUACUGUUCGUCUUUCUGAAGAUGCUACAUAUCAGAUCCUAUUGGCCUGUCAGUGGAGGGAUAGAUGUUGGCUGGUGUGUGAUCGACCAAUCAAAGGCAAGGACUCAUUCCAUCUCGGACAGUUUGAAUUACACUGGCAAUGGCUGAUAAAGAACAUGAUUCAAGUUGUCCCUAACAUGUUACUAGGCAACGAUGUCACCUUGCCGCAAAACCUCCAUGCGAUUAUCCACCGCAUCAUUGAUCAUCUUGCGAUAGCCUCAACCCUAACCGUGACUGAACACCAGAGGGCCUUACAACAUCAUAUUGGCCACCCGCUGCCGUACAAGACAAGUUUAUCUGCUGACACGUCUCAGCAUCUUCUCGAGCUCGGCCGUGUUCUUGACGUCAUCGGAGUUGUCUCGAGGGUAGACGUCAACCGUCUUGGAACUCAAAAGAGAAGAAAGUUCAAGAGAUCUGUUCGAUUCGUCGCGAGGGACAGCGGACUUACCGGCCAGAAUUUGCUUCAGUUGAUGAUUGCGGUGGGCGAGCUGAACAACCAUGCUCUGGAAUGUAUUGAUGAUGAACUGCUGGAUUCUAUCCAAGGUGUGGAAGCAAGCCUUGCUGCACAGGGAAUCUACAGCCAAGAUGGCGGCCAUCCUGUUGCCAUGGAAACCGAUGAUGACAACAUUCAUUCUGAUACAAAAGUGUUGUCCGAUGUUUCCAGCAGAGUGGGACUGUGGCCUGUUUGUGAACACAUUGCACUGUGUGCAGAGCAAGUUUCUCUCAACAAGAUUCUCGCGGUCAAAGUUCAAAGUUGCCAAAUAGGACAAGAAGUCGAUGAUGGUCUGAAGUCCAUGGUAGCCUUCAUGUCGUGCCACACCCCCUCCUCGCCUCUCCAUCUACUCCCCUAUGCAUCCCUCCUGCAAAGUGGAGUGUCCCACGUUCCAUCGAUGUCAGAGGUCACUGGAGCAUUCAUGAGACACGUGUGGAGGAGCACGGCAACGUGCCAGGUGCCUCUGUGGUUGUCAUGGCGACAACACGUGGAUGAUGUUGAUUCUGGACAUCUUGAUUUGGGAGAUUCUGAAGAUCUUAAUAUGGGCCCAGCUCUCCUACACAUGCCUCUUCAGACUCUAUGCAUCUUCCGCUUGCUGUACACCCCAUCCCAGCAAACACGGCAAACCAACAAGGGCAACAGGGAAACUAAGAAGGUUACAGUGUCAAAGGUCACGACUGCCGUGCCGUUGGGUCAGUACCUGGAGAAGGUUGACCAAUUGAGGGCCAUGAUGGAGCUGAUGUGGUCAAACGCUACGGCUUUGUCAACAGAUUUGCUUAACUACAGGUCCAAUGGAGUGAAGCUUUUGCUAUUAUCCCUUAGCCAGCUGUUUGUAACUCUGGAGCCUUUCCUCCUGACAUCUGACAUUAAUGCAUGGCAGAGUACCCUGGAAGACAUCAUCACUGCUGUGACAUCUGUGGACACAGACCAAACAGUACUCGGAUCAUCACUGUCGGAUCUCAAGGAGGUUAUUGCAAGAAGUGUCUCAGCUUGUCAAAGUGUCGAUGCUGACGAUUCUGUGGGCAAAAGAUCAAAGGUUGUCCUGGACGAGGUUGCACCAGAUCUAAAGGCUGCUUUGAGCUGCAUCAUGGAUCUCUUACAGCUUAAGAGAGAAUCGGUGUCAGAAGGCGGGAUUGCUUUUGAGAAGUCAGAUGAUCCGAUGGAGCUGGACUUUGCCGAAGAGAUGUUAGAUGAAGCAGUAAGCCCCAAAGGUGGAAGGAAUCAUCUUGUAGACCUUACGAAAUUAGGGACGGGUUGGACUCACCUUGGCUUACUAGAGGUUCAGCUUCUGGCUCCCAGGGGUCCAGUAGACCCUGCUGAGAAGAAAGCGCUUAAACUUCAAUACGUCAAAAAUGAGGUGAUCGAUUUAAGUAACCAGCUUAGAGUUCGCAGUUUAGCGUCCCAGCUUUUGACUGGAAGGACCCUUGAAGAGGUACCUCCACACCACCUGCCUGAGAGAGUCUGUCUUGAACAGACACGAUUGGAAUUACUCCAAGAAAGAGUACCAGAACUUGCUAAAGAAAUGGCUUACAGGCCCCAGCCUCCAAAGUUUGAUGCCCUGCUUAAAGAUGUAACCCACUACCUUACCAGCAUUGGAUCAAGGUCAACAGUAGAGGGCCUCCUGAAUAAACUGACUGCAACCUUUGACACCCUCAGUGUCGACGAGUCAGGUGGCACGGUGCCAUAUCCCGUUAAAACCGUUCUAAGUGAGGAGAAAGCCUGGCAGAGCUCACAGUUCCAGUUCUUGCGUAAGAUAGAAGGGGAGUACCCUCUCUACAGGGACCAGUGGGCGGGGCUUGUUACCGCGGUGAUGCAGAUGCAGUAUGGGAUCAGACUGGUAGCACACGCCCUUUACGGCUUGUCCGAGAGCAGGCGCUUGUCUGAAGGGGACAUUUCCAGCGAGGCAAGCCUGGGGGUUUUGGCAGAGUUUCCGAUCUGCUCGGAACGUCAAGCUGUUACAGGAAGAACGCUUCAGUUGGUGAAGAGUUUAGCAUUGUACUCCGCUGUGGAAUCGGAACCGGAACCAUCUGCAUAUCCAAAAAUCAAGAUGAGCUUGCUACUACUGUCCUUGGUGCAUUCCCGCAACAAAGCCUUUCUUGCUGGCCAUCUCGCCUCUGACACCUGCAAUGAUAUCUUCUCCAUCUUGGACCGCAUCGUUGUCUCCUGGAGGCAAGCUCAGGAAGCUGCCAGGCGUAAGGAGGAGGAGGCAGCUUCGCUGUAUAAGUUCAAGACUAAGACACACGGUGAUGGACUGACGGAUGAGCAAAGAGAAGAGAAAGAAUUCAGGCAGAGUUUUCCAUCCUUUGAGACGGAUUUUGCCGACAUUGUGGCCGAGCCAAGCCUAGAGAGAUUACCUGAUGCUGAAAAUGAAGAGCCUGACGAGACCAGUGCAACCACACCCCAACUCAGCCAGCAACAAAUGCACCAAGUCUAUUCCAUCCAUCGAGAACUGUUCACGGAACUGGUCCAGACCGGUUGGAUCCGGAUCCAUUCUCAUAGCAACCGCAUAGAUGAAAGGCCGUAUAGAGAAGUACAAGAAAAUAGUUAUGCUACGAUGGUACAGCUAUAUGAUAAGGUUCUACCGUUUAUGGACUCGUCAUUGGAUAGUAAACUCAUAGGUGCCCAUCUUCUGAUGAGUCACAGUCUGUAUAGCGCCCUCACUCAGUCAGAUAAAUCCAGUAACAUCGAGCGCCAACAACCAUACGACAUCUACCAUGACGGUAACAUUAAGGAAGCUGUUCAGUGCAGGCCACUGCUAGAAGGAUUCAAUUCACGCAUCUCGGAGCUAAUGGAGGAGUGGCCAGAACAUCCCACACUCAAACAGUUGGUGAUGCUGAUUGAUCGAAUAUUGGAGUUCCCAAUCACUAGUCCCUUGAUGAAGUUUGUCACUGGCUUAGAGAUCCUUCUGGAGAAGGCACAGGAAUGGGAGAGUAACGCUAGCCGUGCCGUUUCAGUCCGUGAUCAUUUAGAGAAGUUGACAGACUUGGUCAUUCAGUGGCGCAAACUGGAACUCAGGUGUUGGUCUGCUUGCCUAGACACUGUUGCCUACCGUCAGGAACAGAGCGCCACCAAGUGGUGGUUUCAUAUCUAUCAACUCGUCCAAUCACAUCUCCGCUCAGAGGCAACCACUGAUCAAGAUGACCGCCAAGAUGGAACUGAGGGCCGAGUUGAAGGCGUUGAGGGCGUGAUAGCUGCGCUGCAACAGUUCAUGGAGGGCUCGAGCCUAGGGGAGUUUCCAACGAGGCUUCAGAUGCUCUAUUCAUUCCACUGUCAGACAGCGAUGCAGCCGAGCAGCCCAAAACAACUUGAGCUUCUAAGUAUUCUGUGGAAUCUUCAUUGUUACUACAAGCAGUUUUUGUCAGCAGUGGAGUCCGAGAUCAAGAGCCGUAGGGCACCCAUAGAGAAGGAAUUGAAGGGUUAUGUCAAGAUUGCUCGCUGGAAUGAUAUCAACUUCUGGUCAGUUAAACUGGCCGUUGAAAAAUCACACAAGACGCUGCACAAGUUCAGUAAAAAAUUUGAGACUGAGCUGAGGGAACCAUCAAAGUGUGUCUUCACAGACAGUCAAAUAGCAGAGAAGGAAGAGAUUUCAGCUGGAGAGAGUCUAGGUACUAGUUCAAGGACCUACAAUGAGUUCCUAACCCCUGAGGUAUACAAGAGCUACAUUGGCGAUAUCCCACCUUCUGCCACCGUUUUGAAGGGUGACAGUUCAUUACAUGCAAGGCUGUCUAGUCUCCUGCCACGGAUGACCAAACUGUGCCGUUCUUUCUUCAAGAAGUGCCCAUACCCGGCUCUGACAACUGCUGUGGACGAAUUGACAGGUGAAAUUGUAUCUGGGGUGAAGGAACUGCAGGGUCUGGAUGUCACAAAGGAAGCAGAUAAAGAGAAACAAAAGUCCCAGGUUCGUCGGAUCCAACAGCGAAAGAGAAAGGCCCUAGCUGAUCUCUUCAGAUAUCUCUCCACUAUCGGUCUCUCAUACAGGAAAGGGCUUGCUGUAGUCGUGACAUCCAAUCAGAAUGAGGCUUUGAUGGUGCCACCGAUUAAUCUUGCUGUUGCACUAGAUACAAAAGAGAAAGGCAUGGACUUGAACCAAUCAGAGAUGGUUAGACUGUGGGAAGGAUGCCAGAGUCAUUUUGUCAAGUCCAUCGCUAGAAGGGCAGCUUUGCAGAUGGCUCUUGCUGUACCAUCAAAGGAGUUGGGUGUUGGUAAUAUUGAACGUUGCAAAGGAUUCACUGAGCAUCUUACUCAGUUGGCUGCCUCACAGAGACGUCAAAUCACUGACAUCACCCAAGGAAUAGUAGAUACAAGAAGUUUCCUGUACCAGUUGCAGCAGCUGAAGCCAACGACCGAUUGCCAUGGCAACAAUCCAUUGAUACCCCCUCAGCAGAGUACAGCAUCGUGGGUAACCACGUUGAAGGGACUCGUCGACUACAUCAGAGAAACUACUCUCCAAUAUGGAAUGCUCCUGGACGCCUGUCCGGAGAGGAACGGAGAAGCAACGGAUGUGUUGUCCCCGUUACCACGGGAACACCUUGCUACAUUAGAUACCAUCAGGAAAGGGGAUUCACAGUGGGUGGAAACAAGAAACAAACUGCAGGAAUGUCAGACUGUCCUAGAGACUAUUAGCCAGAAGGUCCUAUCAAGAGCCAACCUCAUCACUAAUCAGGACUUGCAACUUAUCUUUUGGAGUGAUGUUGAACUCCUGGACGAGUCUGUCGAGGAGCUCCAAUUAAUUUCGGAGAUUCUAUCGGAUGUUGAGCAGCUGUUCAUCCUCCCUCAAGGUGUGGGUAAAUCUAGCCUUGCAACCUUGUUGAUCUCCGCUAGAGAACGGCUUCUCAAGAUGCUACUGGAGUAUGGUCACUGGAAACGAUGGACUGUUUGUUGCGUUGAGGAGGAUGCAGGUCAGGACGAGAUGCAGACAGGUUCAUCUAAGCUCUUGGCAGAAUUUGAAAGCAGAAGUGAGUCCCUUCUAGCCAGUAUUUUAUUAGUUGUUCAGAGCUUGGUGAAGGCGCAAACUAAAGAACGAGACAACAUUGAUGAGGGUCACCAAGAAGCUGAUGACAAGGAAGAAGACCAAGAAGAGUUUUUUGACCUUCAGGAAGGACACCUUGUCAAGCAUCUCAGCUCUGCUCUCAGCACGGAUGUUGUGACCCUCGACCUUGGUCACAUGUCAAAGGUCACAGGGUCGUUGCUUCAAGACCUGAAAGAAACACGAGAUCGAUGCCAAUCAGUCAGAGAAAUACGGGAAUUCAACAGCUGUGUUAUGCUUGUCCUAAGACUGGUACCUGUACUUCAUCAGUACUUAGGCCUGGUAUCAUUCACUCUGAACCAGUCUGUUGCAUGUCAUCGCACGACGUGUAAAUUGCUGUCCGUACUGCUAGGGAUUUUUACCGAACUUGCUGGAAAGGGUUUUUGUUUACCAGCGGAGUUCUCCGAUGAGUUGGGCGGAGAGGGUGCAACGGACUUCCAAGACAUCGAAGAAGGAGGUAUCGGGGAAGGCGAGGGCAUGAAGGAUGUGAGCGAUCAGAUUGAGAACGAGGACCAGAUCCAAGAUACAAAGAAGCAAGGGGAGAAGGAAGAGGAGGAAGAUUUCUCAAACCAGCCGGAUUUGAAGGAUGAGGAACAUGGUAUUGAGAUGUCGGAUGACUUCCAAGGAAAACUACAUGAUGGAGAACCUCAGGACGGGGAAGAGUCUGAUGAAGACAAGGAUGCAGAGCAUGAGAUGGAGAAGCAGAUGGGUGACGUAGACCAGCCUGGAGCAGACAUGCUGGAUGAAAGGAUGUGGGGAGACGAGGAGGACGAAGAGGAGGGGAAAGAUGGGGAGGAAGAGAAGAAGAAGAAAGAGGAGUUUGGGGAAGGCAAAGGAGAAGAGUCAAGGACUGAUAUGGUGGCUAAAGAUGAUAAUCAAGGAGCUGCAGAUGACAAAGGAGAUGAUGAAAAAGAAGGCAAAGAAGGCGAAGAGGAACCGGGGGAGAACAAUGACGACCAGAAACCCAACAACCUAGAACCAAAAGAUGACGGUGAAUAUAAUGAUGAUGAGGUCGACCCUCGUAAAGCCAACGAGCCUCCUGAAGCUCCAGUACCCGAUGAUCUUGACAUCCCUGAUGAUCUUAACUUGGAUGGCGGGAAAAUGGACGAAGACAAUCAAGAUGGGGAGAACCAAGAUGAAACAAAUCCAUUUGACAUUGAGACGAAGCUACCAGACGAAAAAGAGCACCAAGAUGAAAUAGGAGAGCAGAAUGACGACGAGGGAGAAGCCGGAAACCAGGAGGAUGGUGACCAGGAUGAGGCCAGGAAGGAGAAGGAAGAAGAAGACGUCGGCGGAGAGGGUGGAGAGGAAGAGAAGAGUAGAGAGGAGGAUGCAGGUGGCAUGGAGCAGGAAGAUGGAGACGAUGAGGAAAAUGAUGGGGAAGAGCAAGGAGGAGGGGUUGGGCUGGAGCCUCAGGAUGAAGAUGGAGACGAGCCUAUACCAGAGGAUACCAACGCAGACUAUAAACCUGACCUGGCACAUCACCCUCAGGCAAUGCCAGAACCCGCUGAGAAUUAUGGCAAGUCACAAGAGAAGACAGAAACUAUGCAAGAGCAAUCAAUCCAGGAGGAUGCUGGCAAAUCUGAGGAGGAAAAAAACAAGGAGAAAGAGAACGUAGGCAGUGCAGAAUCGUCUCUUCAAGAAGGCCACGAGGGCGCCGUUCCGUCCAAGACCAUCCCUCGUGAGAACAAGUCUGAUCAACGGCAAAAUUACAAGCGGCAGCCGGGUCAGUCUGAUGCCGAUCGCAGCUUGGGCUCAGCUGAUGAGAAGGUACACAAGCGCCUAAGGACAACAGAAACACCGGACGACCAACAAGAGAAGCAGGCAGAACAGGGUCCAAAUGAUGAGCAAGUUGAGAAGGACGAGACCUCUGACCUCUAUGAGCACAUCAAGGAUGCGACGUCUCGCUACGACACCCAGAUGAUGGAUGCUGCCUCAGAAGAUCAGCUGAUGGAGGAGCAACCGAUCCCCAAUCAGGAGGACGAAGAUGCGGUUGCCAUGGAAACAGAUGAGGAGGUUGUGCCACUAGAUGAGGAUGGAAAGGAGAAGGAUGAGUCUGGAAAAAAUGAGAGUGUACCAGGGAGUAAGAUCAAGGCUGGAGAACGAAGAGCAAAGGAAGAGGAAUCGGACGAACCAAACCCAGAUGUAACACAGGGAGACGAGGCAGUAGAUGGAACAGCUAGUGGCGAUGUGAGUGACAUCAGUAAGAUGCAGGGUUCGACCAUUCACACAACCAUUGAUCUGCUAUCCCAUGAUGCAACACCGCAGUCAUUUAUGAACAUGGAGGAGUUGGAAGCAUUACGUCUGGAGAUGGAACAGCAACUGAGCAUGCUCAGUCAGAAACAGGGAACGGCCGAGGAGGAGAGAGAAGCUCAGGAGACGUGGCAUCGGUACGAGUCGUUGACAUCAGGUCUAGCCAGGGAUCUUUGCGAACAGCUCAGGCUGGUCUUGGAGCCCACAAGAGCUUCCAAACUAAGGGGUGAUUUCCGAACAGGUAAGCGCAUCAAUAUGCGUAAAGUGAUCCCGUACAUUGCAAGUGGUUUCCGCAAAGAUAAGAUUUGGUUGAGACGAACCAAACCAAGUAAGAGGCAGUACCAGAUCCUUCUUGCCGUGGAUGACUCGUCCAGUAUGGCCGACAACCGUUCCAGACAGCUUGCUUUUGAGUCUUUAGCAGUGAUCAGCAAUGCAUUGACGUGGUUAGAGGCAGGAGAGCUGGCAGUUUGCAGUUUUGGUGAGUCUGUGCAGCUUCUCCAUCCAUUCCACGAGCAGUUCACGGAUCAGUCCGGAGCCAAGAUACUCCGACAAUUUACUUUCUCUCAGACUAAGACCAAGAUUGGACAGUUGUUAAACUACGCCACAGCCAGCAUGCUGUCUGCCCGCUCUCGUCUACAAACUGGAGGUAGCUCAAUGGAGACAUCUCAGCUGCUCUUAGUCGUCUCAGAUGGAAGAGGGUUAUUCCUGGAGGGCAUGGAGAAAGUGAAGGCUGCAGUUAGAGCGGCCCGAGAUGCCAACGUCUUCCUUGUGUUUUUGGCAUUAGAUAAUCCUGAAAAUAAGGAUUCCAUUCUGGACAUCAAGGUCCCUAUCUUUGGUGGAGCAGGGGAGCUUCCUCAGAUCAGCACCUACAUGGAACACUUCCCAUUUCCCUUCUAUAUCAUCUUGAAAGAUAUUAACUCCAUGCCAGAGACUCUCAGUGAUGCCUUGAGACAGUGGUUUGAGCUGGUCACAGCAGGGGACGUUUAGUAGUCACAGGGGUGGGUUUCACAAAGAGUUACGGACUAGUCUUAUCUCUAGCCUUAAGUUUUUUAAUAUCUCCUCUUGGACUAUUAUAGAUGUUAAAUUAGCACUGUGGAUAAAAGAUAUUAAUAGCUUCCAGGCAAUCUUGGUAGUAUAGAUGGUAAGACAUUGCUCUAGAAUUGCAAGGGUUGUGGGUUCGAAU